AUGUUCUUACGAGAGAGAAGAAAAGGAAGAGAAAUAUGCAAGAGCCAUGAACUUCCUUUUGAACUUGUGAUGGAGAUUCUCACGCGACUUCCUACUAAAUCCCUUAUGAGGUAUAAAUCCGUAUCAAAGCUCUGGUUAUCUUUAAUUUGUUCCCGAUAUUUCACCGACCGUUGCCUAAAGGUUUCAUCAUCAUCACCGAGUAUAUACAUGUGGUCCUUCAAAAAUAUAUUACUAUCAUCAUCGUCACCUUCGGACAGUACUACUAUGUCGUCCUUUGUUAUUGACCAAGACUUGACUAUUCCAGCAAUGGAAGGCUACUCCGUCUCUCAGGUUUUCCGCGGUUUGAUGUGCUUUAUAAAUGGUCCAAGUGCAAAAAUAUAUAACACCGCCACUAGACAACUUGUCACCUUACCCGACAUCAUAGCUGAACAUCACAAAGAUAAGGAGUUGUUCAUGUACCAUAUCGGACAUGAUCCUGUUCAUGAUCAAUACAAAGUGCUUUGCACAGUUUCAACAGGUCAAGAAGGCAUGGGACCAUACAAGUCAGAGCAUUGGGUUUUACUACUAGGAGGAGAUGGAUCAAGUCGGUGGAGAAAGAUUUCAAGCCCGUGUCAACCACAUCUUCCUUUAACACAAAGAUUGAGUAUCAAUGGGCGUGUCUAUUACCUAGCUUGGGUUCAUGUGUUUCGUUCUGUGCUCGUCAGUUUUGAUAUUCGUUCUGAAGAAAUCAGUAUCUUCCAAGAACUUAAUGACCACGUCUUUUACUAUGAAGAUACUGCUCUUAUAGAAUAUGGUGGAAGAGUAGCUAUUUUAGACCAUUUCGUUUAUGAAAAAAAAAAGGGUGAGAUGGAACUAUGGGUUAUGGAUGACACGAAGAAGACUAUUUGGUCGACAUAUAUUCGGUUUGCGAUGGAUCCUUCUCAGUUGCAUUUACUCAGUGGCAUCCGUUUGCGUUUGAGUUUACAAGGUACAACUAGAAACGGCGAGGUUAUUUUGGUACCUCAAAAUACAUGUCCUAAUCCAACCCAAAAUAGCACCAUCCACAUUUUUCUUUACAAUCUACAAAACAACAAUUUGAGAAAAGUUGAAAUCAAGGAAACAUCCAACCGCUAUCUUACUAAAAGUUGGGACUUUAUUGGAUUAGAUGAUGUUGAGAACUUGAUGUAUCUUUAA